AUGCUGAUUGGGAAGGAUGAUAUAGAGAGACUGAUGUUUGCUUUUUCAGAGCAUGUUAAAAGCUUGGGGGCUUUCAUGGGCCCUGUCUUGCUCUUUGGAAAGCAAAUUGACAUGGCGGCCAGGAGCACCUUCUGCCCUGCGGACCUGAGUAAAAUCCCGCAGGCACGGGUCUCAUUAGAUCGAGAGUUCUACAAGGCAGGGGCCAGAGCCGAAAAGGCCCUGGCACUGGUUGAGGACAGCCAUAUGCCUGGUCAGAGAAGCAGCAAGAUCAGUGUGUGCCACUUCCGAUCUGGCAAGGCCCGUGGUGAAAUGGGAGCACAAAUCCUGCCCGGAGCGCAGUUCCAGGAAAUCCUGUUGAUGUCUCCGCUGCUGAGCCACGAGCGCUAUUACCGAGAUGGAGAAAAGCAUGACUGCCUGCUGGAAAACAGUCAACUACGGCAGAGGUUGAAAACGCUCCAAGACCUUUCCCAUGUGUGUGAACUACAGCUGAAAGACCUCUUGGGGAACAACUAUCACAGAAAAAAGAGCAAGAUUUUCUCAGCCAUGAGAACACAGCAGAAUACAGUUUUGCCCUCAAUUAGUGGAAGCCUCCUAGUCUAUGACCAAGAUUGUGCCAUGGUGCUUAACAGCGGCAACACUGAAAGUGGCUACUACAGAAUUAAACCUAGAGCCGACAGAGAACCUUUCCUUGUGUACUGCGACAUGUCGGAUGGGGAAGGAUGGACUGUGAUACAACGGCGCAGCAACGGCAAAGAGAAUUUCUACAGAAGAUGGGCUGAUUACAGAGAGGGGUUUGGACAGCUCCAGAGCAAGGAUGAUGAAUAUUGGCUGGGGAAUGACAAGAUCUAUGACCUGCUCCUUAGAAGGGAAACGUUAUUAAAAAUUGACCUGAUGGACUGGCAAGGGGAGACAAGAUAUGCAAUGUAUGACAAUUUCCAGAUGAAGAAUGGGAAGGAUAAGUAUAGGAUAUGGUUUGGCACCUUCUCUGGGACUGCAGGGGAUGCUUUAUCUGGAGGGGGCAAUUAUGAACAGCAGUGGUCUGCAUCACUCAGUGGAAUGCAGUUCUCUACCUACGACAAGGACAAUGACCGGUUCCUGAAGGGCAACUGUGCAGAAGAGAACAAAGGCGGCUGGUGGUAUAACAGAUGCCAUGCAGCAAAUCUAAACGGACAAUAUUACAAAGACGGGGAAUAUACCGGAUCCUUCGACAAUGGAGUAGUUUGGGCGACGUGGAGAGGGCUGUGGUAUUCUCUCAAAUACACAGCCAUGAAGAUCAGGCACCUGUCUUUCGUUGACAUACAAAGUGGAGACGGUGAACCCUAAAGCGAUCCAACUAUGCAUGUCAAAGACAGUAUAUAGUG